CCGGAGGACAGGGACCCAGAGCUCUGAGGCUUGGAGAACUCACAUCGUGUCUUCUUCAGCCAGGCACCUCACUCCCUCCAGCACCAUGCCAUACAACUGCUGCCUGCCCACCAUGAGCUGCCGCACCAGCUGUUCCUCCAGGCCCUGCGUGCCCCCCAGCUGCCACGGCUGCACCCUGCCCGGGGCCUGCAACAUCCCCGCCAAUGUGGGCAACUGCAAUUGGUUCUGCGAGGGCUCCUUCAACGGCAGCGAGAAGGAGACCAUGCAGUUCCUGAAUGACCGCCUGGCCUCCUACAUGGAGAAGGUGAGGCAGCUGGAGCAAGAGAACGCGGAGCUGGAGUGUAGGAUCCAGGAGAGGAACCAGCAGCAGGAGCCCCUGCUGUGUCCUGCCUACCAGGCCUACUUCAGGACCAUUGAGGAGCUGCAGCAGAAGAUCCUGUGCAGCAAGUCUGAGAACGCCAGGCUGGUGGUGCAGAUAGAUAAUGCCAAGCUGGCUGCAGAUGACUUCAGGACCAAGUUCGAGACGGAGCUGUCCAUGAGGCAGCUGGUGGAGUCAGACAUCAACGGCCUGCGCAGGAUCCUGGACGAGCUGACCCUCUGCAAGUCCGACCUGGAGGCGCAGGUGGAGUCCCUGAAGGAGGAGCUGCUGUGUCUCAAGAGGAACCAUGAGGAGGAAGUCAACACCCUGCGCUGCCAGCUUGGAGACCGCCUCAACAUCGAGGUGGAUGCUGCUCCCACUGUGGACCUCAACCGUGUGCUCAACGAGACCAGGUGUCAGUACGAGGCCCUGGUGGAGACCAACCGCCGGGAGGUGGAGGAAUGGUUCACCACACAGACCGAGGAGCUGAACAAGCAGGUGGUGUCCAGCUCAGAGCAGCUGCAGUCCUGCCAGGCGGAGAUCAUCGAGCUGAGGCGCACAGUCAACUCCCUGGAGAUCGAGCUGCAGGCCCAGCACAGUAUGAGAAACGCCCUGGAGAACACGCUGACAGAGAGCGAGGCUCGCUACAGCUCCCAGCUGUCCCAGGUGCAGUGCAUGAUCACCAAUGUGGAGUCUCAGCUUAGUGAGAUCCGGUCUGACCUGGAGCGUCAGAACCAGGAGUACCAGGUGCUGCUGGACAUCCAGGCCCGGCUGGAGUGCGAGAUCAACGCGUACCGGGGUCUGCUGGAGAGCGAGGACUGCAAGUUACCCUGCAACCCCUGUGCCACAACCAACGCGUGCGGCAAGCCCAUCGGACCCUGCGUCUCCAAUCCCUGCACACCCUGCCCACCCCCUGCCCCUUGCCCACCAUGUGUCCCCCGUCCCCGCUGUGGGCCAUGCAACUCCUUCGUACGCUAGAACCCAGGGUUUUGCCAAAAGAGCAAGGACACAGGGCUUAACGCUCCAGAGCUCUGACCUGGUUCUGGUUCAUUCCACAGACCAGGCAUAAAGACCACAAAUUGAAUGGUCAGAGGACCCCUGGGUUGACAGCCCCAGAAACCAUGCCUUCAGCUAGUGAGCCCUUCGCCAGAUCAUUUCCUGCCUGCCUUUUCCCCUUCAGAAGCACCUGAUUCUCUU